AUGGCGGAGAAGUGGGACGAGAGCGAGAGUCAAAAAGACAAGGCCGAUGUCAACCGUUGGAGUGGCGAUAAUACGUUGACCUUCGCUACAAUGGACCAGACGACGACGGCGCAGUUUGCCGCAUUCUUCAGCAGUCUCACGAUAUCCGACAUCCCCCAAGACAUCCGCACCGCCGCCUCAUCUCUCCUGCUCGACACACUGACUUGCAUACACGCUUCACUCCCAACAAGCCAUGCUCAAGCCAUCAAGCAGCUUUCCACCAUGUUUGGCGGGCCAGGCACCGCGUCACUCGCCGGCUCGCCGUCCCCCGUCGGCACAGCCCGCGCACUCUACGCCAACGCCCGCCUCAGCAACCUGCUCGAUCUCGAUGAAACAUACCCUGUUGGUGUCCACUUCGGCGGUGCCGCGGUCUGCGCAGCUCUUGCAGCUGCUGAAUCGGAGGGCAAGUCUGCAGCCGACAUGCUCGUUGGCAUUGUGGCCGGCUACGAAGCCGGGGCGCGUAUUGCCAGCGCCGUCGGGCCCAUGAUGACCGUUCGGGACGGCCAUGUCCAGGGCUUCUCCAAGAUAUGGGGAGUCGCCGCGCCCGUUGUCGUGGCGGCGUGCGUUGCGUACGCGCGAACUGCCGGAGUCGACGCGACAACGCUGGCACAGGCUCUGGGCAUCGCCUGCUCAAACAUCCCGCUUCCUAUUGGGAGCAGGUGGUCGGAGGCAGUGGACCUGCCGGAUUGCAAGUACUGUGACGCCGGAUGGUGCGCCGUCGUGGGCUUGAACGGAGUGCUGGGCGCUCAAGCUGGCCUAACGGGGUUUGACGACAUCCUCGACGGCGAGGUCGGGAUACCCGAGUUUGUCGCCGCGGCGAUGCCCCGUAAGGAGUGCCUGGAUGAGCAGUUUGGUGAGAUGUGGCACCUAGCCGAUAUCACUUACAAGCCCUGGCCAACUUGUCGUUUCAUGCACAGUUCCCUGAGUGCACUGGACCGACUGCUGCAGAAACACCCUCCAGAUCCGGCAGCCAUCGACUCGGUGGUCAUACACACAGGACCACUGGCCAACUCGGGUCGGUUCCGGAACCCCACGCCCAAGACCUUCUGCAGUUACUCCUUCAGCUACCCGCACGCGGUGGCGAUGAUGGUCCUGGGCGAGGUCCCCGGGGCGCUGUGGUUUGAUAGGCGAGUUGCGGACAGUGAAGCCGCGCUGGCAAUCCGGGCCAAGGUGCGCGUCGAAGAGCUCGAUGGCGCGGAGACGUUUGCACAGGACAUGGUAAGGAACCAGAUGAGGAAGAUGCCAGGGGCUGCGACGCUGGUCAUCAAUGGCCGGAGCUGGACCGAGCAUAUGGAAUAUGCCGAUGGGGAUCCGUGGGAGUCGCAGACGGCAUAUUCGCCGAAAAGGGUCGAGGAGAAAUUCCGAAGAUGCCUUGGUGAUACACAAGUCGACGUAGACGGCGUGCUCUCCUGGUUGGCCAACAUUGAGAAUAAUCCGUGCUUAGAUCCCGUAACUGCCUUUAUUCGUACGAACCCUUAA